AGUACCUUAGGUACAUACUUAUCUCCAGGGCUAUGUAGGUACCUAGGCCUACAACGUCUCAAGCGCUCCAUUACGUAUCUAAGGGUUUCAAAGCAGCCAAGGAAACGUCAAACAGCAAUAGGAACAAUACGAUUGUGAAUCUGCGUCUCGAGGACUACGGCAGACGCAAGAGAGGAAGAAAAGUAUAGGAACACCAGCCGACUACACAGGCACAAUUGGGCCUCCUCAUGCGAUAGCGUGCCAACAGUGACGGCUCGACAGCCUCGACUCAACCGCCGACAACGGUAGCGACACCUCGAUCGAGCCCCUGAAUGCGUCAACAACUCAACCACAACCAUGUCCAACAGGUUUGGCGGGUCAUACCGCAACGGGGCCUACCGGACCACAGACGAGGGCGAUGAUUUUCCUCCUGGCCCGACGCCAUCGCGGGCUCGAGGGUCGCCUUUUGACUCUGGUCGCUCCCCACCAGCUGCCUCCCCAAGACGCCCGCGCGCUAACGAAACAAAUGCCGAACGGCAAAUUACCCAGGUCCUCGAGCACAUCAAGUCCGAGUGGCCUUCCAUGAUCGAAAAUGAUUGCAUCCCAGUCUCGUUGGCUUUGCAGCUGCUCGACAACAGCUCCGUUGGGCGAGCUCACGAGUAUGACAACUUCAAGAAGACGCACCUAUAUUUACAGGACUCUCUAAAAGGUAUCGUGCAUGAACACCACCAAGGCUUCAAUAGCUCAAUUGGCACUUUCCACAAGAUCCAGGGCAGCAUACAGGCCUCGCAAAAGCGUGUGCGCGCCCUAAAGGAAUCUCUUGCCGCUUCAAAGAACAGCUUGUGCGCAUCUGAUCCUGAACUCAGGAAACUAUACAAGUCAUCCCAGAUGUACGAUGAUGUCCUACAAACUCUAAAUGAACUUGAGGACCUACGGACUGUGCCCGAUCAGCUCGAGGCUCGAAUAUCUGAAAAGCGUUUUCUAACUGCCGUCGAGGUCCUGCAGAAUGCAUUGCGCAAACUACGGAAACCCGAGCUGGACGAUAUCGGCGCUUUGUCCGACCUUCGAAGCUACUUAGCCAGCCAGGAGACGGCAUUGAUGGAUAUUUUAGUGGAAGAAUUGCAUGAACAUCUUUAUCUCAAGUCUCCUUAUUGCCAGGAACGCUGGCAGAGCCUGGCCAAGAACCAGGGCGCUAAUAACCGGAAUUAUGGUGAUUCGGACGUCAUUACUCCUUUCCAUGUUGUACUUGACACCCUAGAUCUAGAACAUCCCGUCACCGAAGAUCCUUCGAAGAAUCCAGAAGCAGACACCUCUUGGUAUAUUGCUCUACUCGCAGAAUCUCUUAACAAGCUGGGAAGACUAGAAAGCGCUGUGGACACUCUGAAUCAGCGCCUUCCUGUGGAGCUCUUUUCUGUGGUAAAUGAAACCAUCAACGAUGUCGACCAAAGGCACCCCAGCUCGCUCCGUGGCGGAUCUAGCAACACUCAAGGGCUCCAUAUAUAUAGCAGUAGGGAGACUCAGAUGCGAGCUGAUGUUAUAUAUGAUCUGUUGUGGACCCUAUACGGAAAAUUCGAGGCUAUUGCCGAAGGACACCGCGUUUUUCACGAGGCUGUUAGAUCUCUCGCCAGGAGAGAAGGCGCUGGCAAUAGCUCACAACUCCUUGGAAGUUUUAGGGAAUUGUGGAACCUUUAUCAAAACGAGAUACGUUCACUUCUUCAUAAUUACGUGACUACGGACGCAGAUAUCUACCAGUCUGCUUCAGCUCUAAGGAAUGGUCCAGCUCUGAAUGGGAAUAUAGAUACGCAAAGGGAAAAUCUCUUCAAAUUCUCAGAGGCGGACCAGAAGUCUGUUGAAAUGUCAGCCGAAUACGAAGCUCUGGAUAGCAUCAUACAAGCCGCCGUGCCGGGCCUUACUUCCAACACACGGAAGUCUCAAUCUUUAGGCAAGAAGGCAUCGUUAGUUGGGAAGGAAUCGCGAAAGAGCGCACUGGGUGGUAUCGAUAGCAAGAAUAUACCAGGCUCGUACAAGUCGUUGGUGGAACCCAGCGUUUUCAACAUGAGUCUUCUCUUACCGCCGACCCUCAUCUUCAUUCAGAGGCUAAAGGCCAUUGUCCCUCCUGCCUCUGAUUUGGCUGCGAGCGCGCUGACGUCUUUCCUUGAUAACUUCUUGGUCAAUGUUUUCCAACCCCAGCUAGAUGAGACCUUGGGCAAACUUAGCGAUAGCGUGUUAGGCGAGGUUGAUUCUUUCCAGCAAGACCCAAGCUGGAAUAUAGUGGCACGCCGACCAGUUUUCAAAGGAACCACUGCAUUUUACACCAUCGUCACGGCUUUCUGCCGCAUGCUUGGUACAAUUCCUCACGACCAGGCUCUUAGCGCUCUUAUUAUAUCACAAAUGAUGCGCUACUACGAAAGAUGUUCUGCAUGGUUCAAAUCCUUGGUGGCGAAAGCCCAGGAUACUAAUGCUACAUCACAAGAUUUACGAUUCUCGGCGGAACUGGCAACUACAGAAAGCGAAAUUCAAGAUACGAUCCAAAAGCUCUGGACCUCAGACGGUCUCGAUCCUGAGCUGAUAGAAAAAGAAAUUGGCUUAUUAAUAAUGCGUACGAAUGAGCGCUCUCUAGAGCCCAGCGACGUCAUUCAGGAUCGGGAUGUGAUCUCGUCAUUAUGCCUACUAUACACUAGUAUGAAGUGGCUUACAACUAAAAUUGUCGGCUUGCGGCAUAUCACUAGGCAUGAUACAGACUCCUCACAGCCUUCGAUGCCAAAGGAUCAAAGCCGACGGUGGACUCUUCUGAACGACCCUAGCAAGGCUAAUGGGGAACAAGAAGGCCCUGUGUAUCUCCCCAUGACACAGGAUACUGUUCAAUCAUUUGACCGAAUCGUUUCCUCAUAUGAAGAGCUGGCAGGCACUGUCCUCUUAACACUCCACAUGGAGAUUCGCAGUCGUAUUAUUCAGUCACUCCACGUGGCGCUAUCACCAGAGACCGCGCCAUACGUUCUCGGUGAUCGCGAGAUAAAAGAGCCUGAUCCGCAAAUUCUGUCCCUGAAUGCUGAGUUGAUUGCUUAUGAUGAAACAGCAGUACGCUUCCUUCGUAAUCGCGAAAUUGCCUUUGUCCGUACGGGCCUAGGACUCCUCAUCAAUUCUUAUCUCGUGUCUAACGCCUUGUCUGUGCAACCCAUGAAUACACGCGGCUGCGAACGCAUGCAGCUCAACAUAUUGGUAUUACAGCAGAACCUCAAGAAUAUUGAGGCGGAUGUGGAUCUGGCCAGGGCCUCCAAUUACUACAAAUUAUUCCAAGAAGGUGCCGACGCAAUUGUAGAGAAAGCGAAACGUGACAAGGAGCAAGAGGCGAAUGCCAGCUCUAUUCCCGAGGCAGAGAGGUUCAGUUACGACGAGCUCAAGGCACUUAUCGAGCUGUGUUAUAGUGUACAGCUCGCCGAUCCUGAAAGAGGCGUCAACGCGGCUGCGAAGAGGCAGAUGGGCGAGAAGGUUCUGGCCUUAAGUGAAUACAUGUGGCAGACCUAGAGUUGUUAAGUAUAUUGGAGUGGCUCAAUGGUAUUGCUAUGUACAUAUUUGCAUUCAAAUUAUGUUCGUCAUGCUAUCAUUGCUAACCACGCUGUAUCGGCGUAAUAACCCACGUCUAUUUAAUUGGGGAAUAGUGUGAUAAUCGUGCUCGUGAUUAUUACCCGGCUUCGGAAUCAGAUGAUCAAUCUCAUCCCCCAAAAACAGUGAUCGAUGCCGAAAUAAAAGACAGUAACUAGUACUAAUUGAUAUUGGACUGGUGAACCGCCCUCUGUAUCUCAUCAACUCGGGGUCAAGUGGGGUCUUUUAUUUGCAUCUCUCAACCUGAACACCAUCAUGUAACAUACCAUUUACGGAAGUACCAGUACUGCUGAGGACUAAAAGUCCACCCACUAUAUGUAGCAAACCCGGGUGGUUAGAGGAGA